AUGCGCACGGAUAAAAAGCCUCUCUGGCUUGUCUCUCCCCGCCUCGGUGCGGCAGAAUACAGGGAAAAGCUGAUGGGCAGUGUCGUCAAAUACCCCGACCUCCCCACCGAACGUCGCAUCCCCUAUCGAUCUCCAAAGUUGCCAAAAGAAAUCGUCGCGGAUUUGGACCCCAAGCCAGUACAGGUAUAUAACGUGCGGUUCUGGGAGAAGAACAUUCACGAUGCGUCUUUGAAAACGACGGUCCAGGACAUCAUCAACGCGUUUGUCGCCCGCGCCAAGGAAAUGAGCAACGACAACUUGGCCACCAUUGCUCGAGUCUGGCACAUGGACUCGCCGGGCGAAAAGUUCAAGGACCUGCUCCGCAACAAGGCCUACUUUGAUGAGCUGCUGGAGCUGCUCCAGAGCAACCACGGUGUUGGAUAUUUCGUUACGGACAUUGUCACUUUGGUGAAUCUCGAGGAGACCAGGACUCAUGGCACCAGCAGCGCUGCCGGUGCGUCGGUCCGGGUUCCUGUUGACCCUGGCACCGGCAUCAAGGUGGGCGCCGGGGCCAAGUUUGGCGUCGUCCGUGAGAAGGGACACUCGGCGAGCUACGAAGGCGAGUCCAUUGUGUUUAUGGGAUACCGCAAGAUCGAGCUCGAAAAGGUGGACGGCGCGCGUGCAAAGUUGCGGCGCUUCUUCCAGGGUCCCAAGCACGGCGUGGCCAUCAAGGACAGACACGACUACUGGCCAGAGUUGGUGGAAGGGCCCGUGGAGGGGUCUGUCGAUCCGUUCCUGGGCAAGAAGGAUAAGGAAACGCCGGGCGAGGAGACGGACGAGAUGCGAGCAACACGCGAGGAAGAGGAGAGACGUGCACUGGAGGAGAAUGAGAUGUGCCAGAUGUUCGAUGCCAUAGCGGAGGAGUUGGGGAUCGAUCCUGUCGUUGGCCGUGACCACGAGAGGUGA